AUGUUUUAUGCCCACUUUGUCCUCAGCAAACGUGGGCCGCUGGCCAAAAUCUGGCUGGCGGCCCACUGGGACAAGAAGCUGACCAAGGCACACGUGUUUGAGUGCAACCUGGAGAGCAGCGUGGAGAGCAUCAUCUCACCCAAGGUGAAAAUGGCUUUGCGGACAUCAGGGCAUCUGCUGCUGGGGGUGGUGAGGAUCUACCACAGGAAGGCCAAGUACCUGCUGGCAGAUUGUAACGAGGCCUUCAUCAAGAUCAAGAUGGCGUUUCGACCAGGCGUGGUAGAUCUUCCCGAGGAGAACCGAGAAGCAGCCUACAACGCCAUCACGCUGCCUGAGGAGUUCCACGACUUUGACCAGCCACUACCAGACCUCGAUGAUAUUGACAUUGCUCAGCAGUUCAACUUGAACCAAAGCAGAGUGGAGGAAAUCACUAUGAGGGAGGAGGUGGGCAACCUCAACCUGCUGCAGGACAAUGACUUCGCUGACUUUGGUAUGGACGACCGGGAGCUGAUGCGGGAGGAGAGUGCGUUCGCGGUGGACAUGAUGGGCGUGUCGGCUUCCAACCUGCUGCUGGAGGCUGAUGGUGGCGCCAACGCGAUGGCUGACAAGUCCAACCAUCUGGAGUACGAUGACCAGUACAAGGACGACUUCGGAGACAAUCCCAUGGAGAGCACUGAGGAAGGCAUGCUUGUGGACAAGCUGCUGAGCCACGAGGAUGGAGACGGCAUCUUUGACGACCCUCCUGCCGACCCUCCUGCCAUCGCAGAGAGUGUGAUGAUGCCUCAGGACCACGGAGACGACGACGACGACUUUGAUGCUCUCUCAGCGGGAGCCCCAGAUAGUCCAGACUCAGGCCCAACAAAGACCCUACCAGCCAUGGCAGACCAGGCCGAACAGACCACCCUGGUUCACAACGAGGAAGAAACCUUCGCUCUGGAGCCGAUCGACAUCACAGUGAAGGAGACCAAGGCGAAGCGUAAGAGGAAGCUGAUUGUGGACAGCGUGAAGGAGUUGGACAGUAAAACCAUCCGUGCACAGCUGUCUGAUUACUCUGACAUUGUCACCACCCUGGACCUGGCACCUCCCACCAAGAAGCUGAUGAUGUGGAAGGAGACGGGGGGAGUCGAGAAGCUUUUCUCUCUCCCCGCUCAGCCUCUCUGGAACAGCAGGCUGCUGAAGAUGUUCACAAGGUGUCUGACACCACUGGUGCCAGACGAGCUUAGGAAGAGGAGGAAAGGUGGAGAGGCUGACAGUCUGGAUGAGUUCCUCAAGGAUCUGGAGAACCCGGAGGUGCCCAGAGAGGAAACAGCAGGACACCAGCAGGGAGACAUCAUGGACCAGACCCUCAUGGAAGAGGCCAGUGUUCUGCAGACUUCCGCUGUGGAAGGCAGCAGGACGACGCUGGACGAGUCAGUCAUGCCCCCUCCGUCGCCCCAACGUGGCCUCAAACGCAAAGCCCAGGACACAGAACCCGCCCUGCCUCAGCAGCAGGGAUCCAUGAAUGUGUCCCAGCAGCUGGAGGCAUCCAGCGUGGAUCUGCCCCCAGAGGAAACCAUCAGCCAGAUGAUAGAGUUGGACCUGCUCGGAGACAAGGACAAGAAGAAGAACGACGGCGACGACUCUGAUGACGAGGAGGAGGUGCAGGGAGACCAGGACCAGGAGGAGAGGCGAUGGAACAAAAGGACCCAGCAGAUGCUCCACGGCCUCCAGAGGGUGAUGGCCAAAACAGGUGCCCAGUCGGUCGGCCUGCUGGAUCUGUGCAGGAACAACAACAAGAAACAGGCGGCCGCUAAGUUCUACAGUUUCCUGGUUCUGAAGAAGCAGCAGGCGGUGGAGCUCGUCCAGGAGGAGCCUUACAGCGACAUCGUAGCUACGCCCGGACCUCGCUUCCACAUCAUCUAG